AUGGAUGUUGAUAUGUUUGAUUAUGAUUUAGUAUUAUUUAAUCAUCAUAAUAAAAACAAUGGUGAUGAAAAGAAGAACAAUUUAUUAAAUUCACUUCAACAACAAAUUACACAACCACAACAACAACAACAACAACAACAACAACAACAACAACAACAAAAACCAUUAGAAGAUAUUGAUAUUAUUAAAUCACCAAGUAAAAAGAAUGCAAAACUUGAUGAAUAUGGUUUUGUAAAAGAGGAUGAGUCUGAAAGUAAAAACGAAGAUAUUGGUGGUGAAACCUAUAAACAAGCUGGAAAAAGGAUUUCAAAAGAACAAAAAUGGAUUCAUAUUGUAAAUAAUUGGAAUGAUUAUUUAAUUAAUCAACCAGAGAAAUUAUUAUAUCUAUCUUCAAAAGGUAUACCAAAUAAUUUAAGACCAUUGGUUUGGAGAAAAAUGUUAAAUAUAAAUUAUUUUAAAAAUCAAUAUCAUGAAAAUUAUUUUAAAGAACUUUGUAAUAAACCUUCAAAUGAACAUACUGAACAAAUUGAACUUGAUAUUCCAAGAACAUUUCCAAAUCAUAAAAGAUUUUUUACUCAAAGAGGGUAUGUUAAAAAUGAUUUAUUGGAUGUAUUACAAUCAUAUUCUUAUCAUAAUCCAAAUGUUGGUUAUUGUCAAGGUAUGUCAUAUAUUGCUGGAGUUUUGUUAAUGUUUUUAUCACCAGAGGAUACAUUUUGGUUAUUUGUAUCCCUAUUGGAAAGGGAAACUAUGGGUUAUUAUAUUCCAGGAAUGCCACAGUUAAUUUUUGAUUCAAUUUUAUUUCAAAAAAUUUUAGAAAUUGAAAAUAAACCAUUAGGCCAACAUUUAUUGAAAAAUGGUAUUGAUCCAUUAUUAUAUGUUACUCCAUGGUGGAUGUGCUUUUUUACAACAUUACCAGAUUGGGGAACAGUAUUAAGAUUAUGGGAUUUGAUACUUUUGGAAGGUGUCAAUUCUUUAUUUCGUUUUUCACUUGUAAUAUUAAAAUAUUCUGCCGGCUUCUUAUUUAAGAAUAAAGGUGCCGAUGGUUUAUUACCAUAUCUAUUAAGACCACCUAUCGAUGAAAUUGGUGGUAUCGAUUUUUUACUCACUUCCGCCAUGGAAUUACCAAUAUUAGAUUUAGUUAAGGAGGCUAAAUCUAUAAUUGAAAAAGAAAAAGAAGAGGAAAAAUUAUUAAAAGAACAAAAACAACAACAACAACAACAGCAACAGCAACAACAGCAACAACAACAACCUUUAAAGAAAUCAUCAAAUAAUGUUGAAAACUCAACUGUAUUUGAAAGAAUUAUUAAAUUUAUUGAUGGUGAUGAAAAUUCUGAUAGUGUCAAUAAUAAUAAUAAUAAUGUAAAUUUAGAAAAUAAUAAUAAUAAUAAUAAUAAUAAUGAAAAUAAUAUAAGUGAGAAUAAUAAUAAAUUAAAAACACCAGUUAAAUCAACAAGUUCAGGAUUAUUCUCAAAGAAAUUAAAAGAUUUUACAAAUCGUAUCAAAUCAAGAUUUGUUACUCAUAGCUAUCAACCAUGUAAUGUUAUUUUAGAACAAAGAUCAGCAGUAUACAGAAAAUCAAUUGCAAGAAGACAAUCAAUUGCUAGAACAAGAAAAUCAGUUUUACCAAAACAAAACCAACAACCUUCUGAAGUUUUCUCUGAUCCAUUAACCAAUGCUGAAACCAAUACUACCACUACAACCACAACUACUACUGCUACAACUACAACUACUACAACUUCAAAUAAUAACAAUAAUAAAAAUAAUAAUAAUAAUAAUAAUAAUAAUAAUAAUAAUAAUAAUAAUAAUAAUAAUAAUAAUAAUAAUACCAAUGGUACUAUAAGAAAACCAAGACCAUCAGUUAUAGGUACUGUUGUUUCAACAAAAAGAAAAUCAAUUGUACCAAGACAAUCGGUUACAUCAUCAAGACCAUCAAUUGCACCAAGAAAAUCAGUUGUAUCAUCAAGACCAUCAAUUGCACCAAGAAAAUCAAUGGUACCAAGAAAAUCAAUUAAACCAAAAGUCUAUCUUUCAAAGAAUGAUCAAAUUGAUGAGAAAAUGCCAAAUGAAAAAAACAACAACAAUGAUAAUAGUGUUAAAAAUGAUGAAUGGGUUGAAAAUAAUGAAAAAGAAUUUGAAAGAUUUAUUAUUGAUGAUAAUUAUUCAACCAAUACAAAUACAAAUACAACUACAAAUACAAAUAUAAAUAUAAAUAAUAGUGCACUCAAAAAUAGUAGUAUUACCAAUAGUGGUAGUAAUAGCUUUAAUAGAAAAUAUCAAAGCAGCUCACCAAUACAAAUGAUAUUACCCCCACCACCACCAUCUUCAACACCAUUAUUAAAGAUUUUAUCACCAACCAAUAGUAAUUUAAAUAAUAGUGUUAACUAUGGUACAAGUUUAAAUAAUAGUAGUAGUUAUAUAAGUAAUUAUGGAGGUGGUAAUAAACAACAAAACAAAUCAAAUAACAAUAACAAUAGUCAAUUUACUUCACCAAUGAAAUAUUCAUCAUUUAGAUCACCAAUUAAAACACCAAAUUCUAAAACUAUUAAUCAAUCAGUUGAUUUAUUAAAAGAAAUUAUGAAAACUCCACCAAAUAAUAAUAAUAAUAAUAAUGGUGGUAAUAAUGAAAAAUGGACAAACUUUGUAAGUGGUAGUGCAAGUAAUAGUAUCUUAAAGAAUGCAUGUCAAUUUGGUGAAUUCUCAUUCUCUAGUCCACAACAAAACUCUCCAAGUAUUACAGAGAAACAAUUCCUAAGGGAAUUUUCAACUCCAACACCACUUAAAGAACGUAGUAAUAGAAUGGUCAUUCAAACUCCUACUCAAACUCCAAACACUACUUCAAAGAAGAGAUUAUUAUUUACAAAUAAUAAUAAUAAUAGUAAUAAUAAUGAUGAAAACCAUGAAAAUUUCAAAAAUAAUAGUGAUCACCAUCAACAAACACCUUCUAAAUUUUUAAAACCAAUUCCAAUCUCACAACCAUUAUCAUCAAAAAAUACUAAUAGUCUCAAAAAUAAUAAUAUCCUAAGUAAUACUAUGGAAAUCCAAAAUGAUGAAUGUUAUUCACCAUCAUCAUUUGAAUUAAAAGAAUUAAGUCAUCAAUCUUAUAUUUCAAAAAAACAAACAAAAAAAUGGGAUUUAAGAGUUUAA